AUGGCUGCAAGUAACGUUUCACGGAAUUUAGCUAUGAAAGAAGAGUUCGAAGAAGACAAAGAUUUACAAAACGAACUCAAGCUGUUGGUAGACAAAAUAACUGGUUCAGACCCGAAACUUAUACCGCCAGCUCUUGAAAUGUUGAAAUACUUGAUACGUACUUCGACAACUUCAAUGACUUCAGUACCGAAACCCUUAAAAUACUUAGCACCCUAUUACAACGUGCUAAAAUUAACGCACAAAAAUAUGUCGAAAGGUACAAUGAAGAACAUCGGAGACUGGGGUCACGAAUACAUCCGCCAAUUGGAAUCCGAGAUAGUGCAACAAUGGGGUCUGGUGCAUUGCGAAGUCGGCGACAAAAUCCUAUUGCCACUGAUUAACGACAUAAUCCGCUUCAAUUGUAAUCAUCAUGCUGAAAUACAGGCAUGCGAUUUGCUGAUGGAAAUUGAUCAGCUCAAUCUAUUGCCUCAGUAUAUUGCUGAAAACACCUAUAGCAGGCAAGAAUGGACAAUAAACAAACUACUAGACACAAAAAGAAAAUGUGUCUAG